AAUAAAUUAAAAUUCUAAUCGAAACUAGUUUAAAUUCGAGUAUUUUUCUAGCAAUAAGAAAGUCUCUGUUUCCUUGCUGACGGAUAGUUCUAGACUUGGAUUUGUGAGGGGAGAAGCAUUCGAGUAUAUUUAAAGAAUUCUCAAACUUUUUUAAUAUUACUAGUUCUAUGUUUAAAAUAUGACACUACAAGCAUCUAGAUACGUAAUCAGAAGUUUGUCCGGUUUUGAAAGAUGCCUAUCGAAUAUUAGAUAUCAAACUACGGAAAUUUUUGUUCAAGAUACGGAAGAAGAUAUAAUUAACGCUAAACCGUUUGAAGAAAUACCAGGAGACAAGAGAAUACCGAUUAUUGGAACCGCGUGGACAUUUCUACCUUUCAUUGGAAAGUACGAUCAUAAAAAAUUUCACGAAGCAAGUUUGAGGAAAUACGAACAAUAUGGCCCUAUCGUCAGGGAACAACUCGGUGGUUCUUAUAAUGCAGUUCUACUGUAUGAUCCUAAAGAUAUGGAAAAAGUAUUUCGACACGACGGGAAAUACCCUUCCAGACCGGGUAUCGAAUUUUUAGCAGCUUACAGAAAUCUUAGGCCACAAUGGUAUAAAUCUGGAGGUUUGGCAGUAUUAGAAGGUAAAGAAUGGGGCGAAUUUCGUGUAAAUGUGCAACAGACAUUAUUGCGACCAAAGUCAGUUCUCAAUUAUCUAAAUCCUAUGGAUCAGGUAGCUAACGACAUGAUAAAUAAAAUUAAAAAGUUAAGAAACGAGUCGAAUGAAGUCCCAGAACUCUUAAGCGAGUUAUACAAAUGGGCUUUGGAAUCUUUAGCUUCGAUGGCUCUUGACAAAAGAUUGGGAUGUUUGGAAGAUGAUUUAAAAGAGGAUUCGGAAGCGAUGAGAAUGAUCAGAGCAGCACACGGAACAUUCCAAGGGAUGAGUGAUUUGAUAUUUGUACCAAUGCGUCUUUGGAAGUACAUUCCAACAAAAGCUUGGAAGCAAUUUGUUGAAGCUCAGGACGAUUUUGCAAAAAUCGCAUUUAAAUAUGUAAAAGAAGCAAUGGAGAGAAUCGAAAAUAGUAAAGACGAAGACAGAGAAAUGACUUUUAUCGAAAACUUAUUAAUGACCAAAAAUAUCGAUCACAGAGAUGCAGUUACCAUGUUACUAGACAUGUUACUAGCGGGAGUUGAUACGAAAAAGAACAUUAUGGACGAUCGUGUAAUAGCGCAAAAGAGAAAACGCGAUCUCACCCCUUCCGUGUUAGAGGAAGAUUCCUCUCGAGUGAAGAAAUUGACUCCCGUCGAUCGAAACCUGCUUCGGACUUUAAACGACGUCUACAACGACUACAGCAAAAAAUUAAGAAGAGACAUUCGAAGAAAACGUAUGGGAAGCAAGAGAACAGCUAGAAAGAGAUCGAAGGAAAGGAAGAUCGGAAGAAGACGAUCAAAACCGAAAAGGAUGGCAAAAAGGAAAGAAAGAGGACGAUCGAAGAGAAGAAAGGAACGAAGCGCAAGAUCUCAUAGAAGGGGCAGUCGAGGCAGAAAGAAAAUAGGGAUAUGUAUCCAGACUUAUUUAUCAAAAAACAUGACUCUACAAGCAUCUAGAUAUAUUAUCAGAAAUGUGAUCAGUUUAGAAAGAUCAUUAUAUAAUUUUCGACUUCAGACUACAAUAGCAUUUGAGCAAGAAACGACAGAAGAUGUAAUUAAUGCUAAACCAUUCGAAGAAAUACCAGGAGACGUAAAAAUUCCAUUUCUGGGAACAACGUGGACGUAUUUACCUUUUAUAGGUAAAUACAACCACAAAAAAUUACACGAGGCAUGUUUUGAGAAAUAUAAAAUGUAUGGUCCCAUAGUACGCGAGUCUAUAGGCGGUUUCUACGAUGCAGUUUCAUUAUUUGAUCCGAGAGAUAUAGAAAAGGUUUUGAGGCACGAAGGAAACUUUCCAAGUAGACCGGGGAAUGAAUUUUUAGCAAUGUACAGAGAACUUAGACCACAAUGGUAUAAAUCUGGGGGUUUAGCUGUGCUAGAAGGUAAAGAAUGGGAUGAUUUUCGUGUGAACGUUCAGCAGUGUCUACUUCGACCGAAAUCAGUUCAAAAUUAUCUAAAUCCUAUGGAUCAGGUGGCUGAUGAUAUGAUAAACAGAAUGAAAGGAUUAAGAAAUGGCUUAAAGGAAAUUCCCGAAUUCUUAAAUGAGUUAUACAAGUGGUCCCUGGAAUCUUUAGCUUCGAUGGCUCUUGACAAAAGAUUGGGAUGUUUGGAAGAUGAUUUAAAAGAGGAUUCGGAAGCGAUGAGAAUGAUCAGAGCAGCGCACGGAACAUUCCAAGGAAUGAGUGAUCUGUUAUUUACACCGAUGCGUAUUUGGAAGUACAUUCCAACAAAAGCUUGGAAGAGAUUUGUUGAAGCUCAGGACGAUUUUGCUGAAAUCGCAUUUAAAUAUGUAAAAGAAGCAAUGGAGAGAAUCGAAAAUAGUAAAGAUGAAGACAGAGAAAUGACUUUUAUCGAAAACUUAUUAACGACCAAAAAUAUCGAUCAUAGAGAUGCAAUUACUAUGUUACUAGACAUGUUAUUAGCGGGAGUUGAUACGAAAGAAAAUCUGAAUCAGAAACCAGGUUUUUCCACAUUUUCGCAUUUGCAUGGAUACCAAAUAGAUGUAAAACAUUGUAAAUACAACCACAAAAAAUUACACGAGGCAUGUUUCAAGAAAUAUAAAACGUAUGGUCCCAUAGUACGCGAGUCUAUAGGCGGUUUCUACGAUGCAGUUUCAUUAUUUGAUCCGAGAGAUAUAGAAAAGGUUUUGAGGCACGAAGGAAACUUUCCAAGUAGACCGGGGAAUGAAUUUUUAGCAAUGUACAGAGAACUUAGACCACAAUGGUAUAAAUCUGGGGGUUUAGCUGUGCUAGAAGGUAAAGAAUGGGAUGAUUUUCGUGUGAACGUUCAGCAGUGUCUACUUCGACCGAAAUCAGUUCAAAAUUAUCUAAAUCCUAUGGAUCAGGUGGCUGAUGAUAUGAUAAACAGAAUGAAAGGAUUAAGAAAUGGCUUAAAGGAAAUUCCCGAAUUCUUAAAUGAGUUAUACAAGUGGUCCCUGGAAUCUUUAGCUUCGAUGGCUCUUGACAAAAGAUUGGGAUGUUUGGAAGAUGAUUUAAAAGAGGAUUCGGAAGCGAUGAGAAUGAUCAGAGCAGCGCACGGAACAUUCCAAGGAAUGAGUGAUCUGUUAUUUACACCGAUGCGUAUUUGGAAGUACAUUCCAACAAAAGCUUGGAAGAGAUUUGUUGAAGCUCAGGACGAUUUUGCUGAAAUCGCAUUUAAAUAUGUAAAAGAAGCAAUGGAGAGAAUCGAAAAUAGUAAAGAUGAAGACAGAGAAAUGACUUUUAUCGAAAACUUAUUAACGACCAAAAAUAUCGAUCAUAGAGAUGCAAUUACUAUGUUACUAGACAUGUUAUUAGCGGGAGUUGAUACGACGUCACACACGACAUCAUUUGCUCUAUAUUUUCUCGCAAAAAAUCCCCAAGCUCAAGAAAAAGCUCAUUCAGAAAUUAAAAAUCUUCUCUCAAGAGGACAACCCUUAACACAAAAAAUAAUGAACGAGCUUCAUUAUGUCAAAGCUUGUAUUAAAGAAAGCAUGAGGCUCUUCCCAAUAGUUACAGGCACUGUAAGGCGUUUAGAUCACGAUAUCGUACUCUCCGGAUAUAGAAUUCCAGCAGGAGUAAUUUUUAUGUUUCAGAAUUUAGUAGCUUGUCGUCAGGAGCAAUACUUUUAUCAAGCUGAUAAGUUUAUUCCCGAGAGAUGGUUGGAAGAAGAUAAACAACAUCACCCUUUUCUGUUUUUACCCUUUGGAUUUGGAAAAAGAAUGUGUAUUGGACGAAGAAUUGCCGAACAAGAGAUUCUUCUUCUAAUUACUAAAAUAAUACAAAAUUUUCACAUUGAAUACAAUUACGAAGAUAUCGAUUGUUAUUUUAGAAUGGUCAAUGUUCCGGAUAAGCCUUUGAGAUUCAAAUUCAUCCAUCGAUAAUAAAUCAAUUAUAUAGAAAUGAUUAAUUAUAAUUUUUUAAAUAAUAAUACAAUAAAAACUUUAAAUUUGUUAUCUUUUAAUAUUGUAUAAUAAUGUUUUAAGAAAUGUUUAUGAAAAGGAAGAAUCAUCCUGUCGUAUAA